AUGAGCGUCAACACCAACCGGGCGAUCCCUGACCUAAGGGAUGGAUUGAAGCCCAGUACGCGACGCCUCCUCUACGCUAUGGGAGAGAUGAACCUCACGGCAGGUCGUUCCUAUGACAAGUGCGCGGCUGUCGUUGGUGAGGUCAUGAAGAACUUCCAUCCGCAUGGCGACGGUCCAAUCUACGAUACAUUGGUUGGACUAGUUCAGGACUUUGCCAUGCGUUACCCUUUGGUGGACGGACAGGGAAAUUUUGGGUCAAUUGACGACGACCCACCGGGGGCAAUGCGCUACACAGAAUGCCGUUUGAUGCGGAUCGCGGAUGAGAUGUUGGCAGACAUCCACAAAAAUACCGUCGAUUUCCAACCGAAUUACAAGGAAUCCACGACUGAACCGACCGUGCUUCCGGCGCGAUUGCCAAACUUGCUAGUCAACGGCACGACCGAAGCAACCCUUGAAGACCUCAUGGUGCAUAUCCCUGGUCCCGACUUCCCAACAGCAGCCGAGAUUGUCGGACGCGCCGGUAUUCGUGACAUAUACGCCAAUGGCAGAGGCUCAAUCACCGUCCGAGGAAAAGCGGUCAUUGAGCGAACAAAAGAGGGCAGAGAGCGCAUCCUCAUCACAGAGAUUCCGUACCAAGUUAAGAAAAAUCACUUACUUCAGAAGAUGUAUGAUCUUGUCGCCGGUAAGAUAAUCACAGGAAUCUCCGAUAUCCGCGACGAGUCCGAUCACAACAUGCGGGUUAUUGUUGAACUCAAACGGGGCGAGAUUGCACAGGUGAUUUUGAACCAGCUAUACAAGCAUGCGCAGAUGCAAACCAACUACAGUGCGAUUAUGCUAUGCCUCGUUGAUGGGUUGCCCAAGGUACUGUCUCUGAAGGAGAUCAUGAGUUACUACCUCGUACAUCGUCGAGAGGUCGUUCGCCGUCGGACUCAAUACGAUCUCGACGUCUGUGAACGACGAUCACAUAUUCUGGAAGGGUACCGCAUCGCCUUAAACAACAUUGAAGAUGUGAUCGACAUUGUUCAAACCGCGGAAUCUCCCGAAGAUGCCCGAAACCUAUUAAUAGAGAAUUAUGACCUUUCAGAGAAAAUUAACGACGAGUACGCAAACCUUAUCGAACAGAUUGAAGAGUUGCGGACAAUCCUUGGUAGUGAAAUUCUCAUUACUAAUAUUAUCAAAGAGGAAUUAUUAGAGCUAAAAGCCAAAUACGCCGGCGAACGACGAACCCAAAUCGUUGAUGCAGCGACCGAGUUUAAUAUUGAAGACCUCAUCGCUGAUGAAGAGAUGGUUGUGGCUAUUUCCCACGAAGGGUAUAUCAAGCGGGUGCCAAUCACCACCUAUCGUCGUCAACAUCGAGGCGGGGUUGGGGUGAUCGGGAUGCAGAGCAAGGAAGGGGAUUAUCCCGAGCAGGUCUUUAUCGCAUCAGCCCACCAAUAUAUCCUCUUCUUUACGGAUCGGGGCAAAUGCUAUUGGCUGAAGGUCUUCGAGAUUCCCGAACGGGGUCGGACUGCAUCGGGGCAAGCAAUUGUCAAUCUGCUGCGGUUAGAAAACGAUGAGAAGAUUACCGCAUUUGUACCGGUGCGCGAGUUUGAUGAAGAACGGUUUGUUUUUAUGGCAACAGAGAGAGGUAUUGUCAAGAAGUGCAGCCUCGCGGUCUUUAGCAGACCAAAUUCUGCCGGAAUUAUUGCAAUCAAACUCGACGAAGGAGACAAACUCAUUGGGGCACAAUUGACUGAAGGCGAUCACAAUAUUCUCUUGGUCACGCGAUCUGGGGGAUCCAUCCGUUUCAAUGAAGAAGAAGUUCGGAAACUGGGGCGGGCCACAAUGGGUGUUCGUGGAAUCCGUUUGGAGAAAGACGAUUUUGUCGUCGGUAUGGUCGCUGCGGUUGAUGAGGGCGAGACCGUGUUAAUCGUGACGGAAAACGGCUAUGGCAAACGUACGCUAUUGGCGAAUUAUCGUUUGCAGGGACGUGCCGGAAAAGGCGUGAUUGCGAUUAAAACAAGCGCCCGCAACGGGCCCGUUGUCGCAAUGAAAAUGGUGGCGGACAAUGACGAACUGAUUAUUGUAAAUUCAAACGGCAUGUUAACACGCAUGGUGGUCAACGAUAUCCGCACGAUCGGGAGAAAUACGCAGGGUGUGCGUUUAAUGUCCUUACGGAAAGAGGAGAUUGUUGUUGAUGUCGGAAAAAUCCCCCAAAAUGGUGAGGAAGUCCAAAAUGAUGACGAAUCCGAAACUGACGAAAGUUGA